CGAUGUAUCGCCAGCUCUAAAAAAAAUGGUCCACAGGGUGUUUUCUGCUUUCUGCGCAAUUCUUUUUCGUGUAAUUCGAUUAAACAUAAAUAAAUAAAGCCCGCUGCGAGUAUAUAAGCCCUUGGAUGCGCACCAUCCGCCGCUCGAGAUCGGCGGUGAAGUUAGCAGGGUUUUCGAUUCGGCCCAAACGCGAGUUAAUCGGCCAGGCGGCGUGUUUUCCCCGAGUUCUUUUUAACCGUAUUCGGGAAAUGGGCCGCGAUCCGUAGGCGGAAAACGUGGAGAAGAGGAACGGAACGGAACGCGCGGAGAGGAGUGGAGAGGGGAGGAGGAGCUGGGAAGUGCGAAAAGUGUUUGGGGUUAUGUGCUAGAGUCCCCGCGGGGGGAUUUUCAGCUGUGCGGAUCCGCGACAGAGACGUAAUCGUUCCGGGAAAUCGCCUGCACAAAGAAGAGGAAGAAGGGAGACAGAGAAGAAAACACGCAAAACAACAUGGCAAGUGCCGUUCGCGCUAAGUCUGCCUCUGCCUCCGCCUCUGCCGCAGUUGCAGUCGGCGUCGCAGUCGACGAAAGCAACGGAAGCAGCGCUGCCGCGGAGCAGGAGGUGUCCUCCACUUUGCGCUCCCUCAUCCGCAAGCGGCACGAAAAGUACAUCUCCGCCAAGUGGGAUGACCCGCUGCUCCCGAUAAUCGAUAAACUGGAGCAGAUUGAACGCUGCCAAUCGGAGGAGCAGGUGGCCACUGGCGUUUCUUUGGAGGAUUCCCUGCAAUCCCUGCGUUCCCUGGUGAGGAACAUCAAGCCCGAGGACCACUCGCUCCUGCUGAUCGUCAAGCACAUUGAGCAAAUCUCCGACAUCCUCUCCUCCUCCGACGAGCAGGUGGCCUCCCUGGGCUGCCUGAGGGAUCUCAACCAGACGAUCCGGCGGGAGUGGCCCCCGGAUGACUCCUCCAUCCACCGUCUGAUGAAGCAGAUCCAGAGCAUACAGGCUCAACCGCCGGCGGAGAACAUUUGCUUUGGAGAGCGUCUCCGGGACGAUAGAUGUCCACUCUCCCUGCAGACCAAGCGGCACAUAGAGCGCAUCCAGGCGAUGCUGUACGAGCGGCAGCCCUGGCGCAUCCGCGAGCGCAUGAAGACGGCCAGCGUGGCUUUGGUUUUGUGCCUCAACAUUGGGGUUGAUCCACCGGAUGUGGUAAAGAUCCAACCGUGCUCGCGCCUGGAGUGCUGGAUAGAUCCCAGUUCGGUGUCGCCGCCCAAGGCAAUGGAGCUAAUUGGGAGCAACCUGCAGAUGCAGUACGAGCGCUGGCAACCGAGGGCCAGGUACAAGAAGUGCCACGAUCCCACCGUCGAGGAUGUGAAGAAGCUCUGCACUUCGCUGAGGAGAAACGCCAAGGGCGAGCGCAUCCUGUUCCACUACAAUGGUCACGGGGUGCCCAAACCGACGGCCAAUGGCGAGAUCUGGGUGUUCAACAAGACCUUCACGCAGUACAUACCGCUGAGCAUCUUUGAGCUGAUCACCUGGAUGUCGGCGCCCUCGAUCUACGUGUACGAUUGCUCGAAUGCCGGGAUCAUCAUUAACUCCUUUCAACCCUACGCCGAGCAGCAUGAGCACGAGCUGGAGAAGGCGCUGGCCGCCGCCCAGCAGAGGGGCAGCGGGGCACCGAGUGGCGCCGCCAAUCAGGUGGUGCAGCAGCUGGUCAGCUACAAGAAUUGCAUACACCUCGCCGCCUGUGCGGCCAACGAGAUUCUGCCCAUGAACGCCCAGCUGCCGGCGGAUCUGUUCACCAGCUGCCUGACCACGCCCAUUAACAUUGCGCUCAAGUGGUACGCCAUGCAGGAGAAGCUGGGCAUGGUGCCGCGCAUCCAGAGCGAGCUGAUCGACAAGAUACCAGGCAAAGUAAACGAUCGGCGCACGAUGAUGGGCGAGCUCAACUGGAUUUUCACCGCCAUCACGGACACGAUAGCCUGGAAUUCGCUGCCGCGCGAGCUUUUCCAGCGUCUCUUCCGCCAGGAUCUGCUGGUGGCCAGCUUGUUUCGCAAUUUCCUGCUGGCCGAGCGCAUCCUGCGCAGCCACGAUUGCACUCCAGUUUCGCUGCCCGCCUUGCCGCCCUGCUAUCGCCAUCCCAUGUGGAAAGCCUGGGAUCUGGUGGUCGAUCUGGCCCUGCAGCAGCUGCCCGAGAUUCUGGAUCACAAUGCUCCGUAUCGCCAGCUGCCGUUUUUCGAGCACCAGCUAACCGCCUUUCAGGUUUGGCUGGACAGCGAAUCGGAGUCGCGUACGCCGCCCGAGCAGCUGCCCAUUGUGCUGCAGGUGCUCCUCUCGCAGGUUCAUCGUUUGAGGGCCCUCGAGCUGCUCGCCCGCUUCCUGGAUCUCGGUCCCUGGGCCGUUAAUCUCGCCCUGGGCGUGGGCAUCUUCCCCUAUGUGCUCAAACUGCUGCAGAGUUCAACGCGCGAACUGCGCCCCGUUUUGGUCUUCAUUUGGGCCAAGAUACUGGCCGUGGAUCCCAGUUGCCAGGUGGAUCUGGUCAAGGAGUACAAGUACUUCCUCUCCGUGCUGCAGGAUACCUCUGUAUCCAAGGAACAUCGCACACUGUCCGCCUUUGUGCUCUCCUCCAUUGUUCACAACUUUCUGCUCGGCCAGACGAGUGCUUUGCAAGGACCACUGCUCUCGAUUUGCCUGGAGCAGCUGAACGACGGCAGCUGGCUGCUCCGCCAGUGGCUGGCCAUCUGUUUGGGCAUGCUGUGGCAGAACUUCGAGAAGGCGCGCUGGUCGGGAGCCCGCGAUUUGGCGCACGAGAAGCUGUAUGUCCUGCUGCGCGAUGAGAUUCCGGAAGUGCGUGCAGCCGCCGUCUUCGCUUUGGGCACUUUCAUUAGCUCCGUGACGGAUCGCAGCGAGGAGCAGGCGAAUAAUAUUGAUCGCAUCAUAGCCAUCACCAUGCUGGAGACCGUGGGCGAGGAUAUGUCGCCGCUGGUGCGCAUGGAACUGGCCGCCGCUUUGCAAUGGAUGGUCCUGCUCUUCGAGUCGCAAUUCGUGGCCGUCUAUCUGGCGGAGCAUAUGCGUGGUCACGCCUCCGCCGCCGCCGCCGCCGCUUCGUUUGUGAUGUGCGGGGACCCGCGGGAUCUAAGCUCCUCCACGCACAGCCUGGAGCGGCAUGUGACGAUGCGUCGGGGAGCCAGUUCCAGUUCGAUAUCCAACAUGGGAUCGACAGCUGCUUCAUCGGGCAAUGCGCUAGGUCGCUCGAAAAGCGGCUCUGGAAGUUCGGGCGGCCGAGGAGCAGCUGGAAGCAUACCCUUCCAGUCGAUAUUCACCAAACUCUGGCUGGGCAUCUGCAAUCUGGCCCAGGAUCCCUUUCCCCGCGUUGCCGCCAUUGCCCAGGAGAUUGUGGAUCAUGUGAGGGACACGGCCCUCUGCCCCAUAAUGGCCGCCAAGGAGGCCACGAUGGCCACGGCCACAGAAAAGUGCAGCAGUUUGAGCGUCAGCCUGCCACCGAGUCCGAAUACGAGGGUUAAUUACCUGAGUGGAGGAGCGGGAGGAACGGGAGGAGCUGGAGAAUCCCCGCCAGUAGGAGCAACUGCCUCGGGGGCCAGCCAUUGGGCACAGAAGCUGCGUCUCUCCGGCAGCGGAGGCGGCGGCGUGGCUGCCGGCGAUCCGCAGACCAUCCUCCAGCGCAAACUGCGCACCAGUUCGAUCAACGAUGAGACUGACAGCGGCGGACCGGCGGCCUACCAACGCGGAGCAGCUGGCUUGGGCCUGCCCAGCGGCGGAGGAGGCGGCGGACCCAGGGAGAGCACACAUUCGGCGCGGAGCAGCGGCAGCGAGAGCAAUCAGUACUUGGAGCCCGGUCACAGUUUGACGCCCAUUGUGCUCACCGAGUUUAUACCCUGGGCCAUUUCCUAUUUCACGCGACCGGGCAAGGAGCGCUACAGCAGCGCCGAGGGAGCAGCGGAGGAGGGACGCCAGCGGUAUCCAGUGGAUCGCAAUUCCGCAGAGCUGCGACGCCGGAGAUUGCGUUUCCUACGCAACGAUUUUGUGCGACGUCAUGCGCGGCGGCAGCAGCAGGAGCAGAGCGAUCGUUUCGGCUACGAUGUUUGCGUUUGGAACAGGAAGACGCAGUUUACACCCUCCAUUGUGAAGCUGCUGCCGUACGAGCCGCAGAUUGCAGUGGCCUACCGGGAGAAGGUUUUGGUCUACGAUUUUCAGUACAAUUCAGUGCGCACCUAUGGCGCAGAGGCCACUAACUCGAGUUCCGGCUAUGGAUCAUCCUCGUCGCUCAAUGGCAGCACGCCAAGGAAAUCGGGAGGAGCGGAAAAGCCGCCUCCGUUUGCCCGCGUCAGCAGCAUCGAGUUCAUCAAUGCCCAGGAUAUGGCAUUGAAUCUGGUGGCCCACGAGGAUGGAGUAGUGCGCGUCUGGCAAUCAUCGCCAAUGGUUAGCAGCUCGACCUCCUCCGAGGAUGCGCCGAGCAAGGCGCGCUUGGUCACCGCCUGGAAUGCUUUGGGUCAGGUGAAUCAGCAGGGCUACCGGCAGCGCAACAUCUCCUCCUCCGGCGGCAGCAUUGGCAAAGGAGCAGCGGACACAUCAUUGGGUUCCUCCAGCAAUGGCAACAUUGUGACCGCCUGGCAGCAGUGCAGCCAACACCUUUUGAUAGCCGGCGGCGGCUGUCGCUUCGUGCGCAUCUGGGAUGUGGAGAGGGAGCUCAAACUGGCCGAUAUUCCAUUGGGACGCAGCGAAACCUGCGCCCGGGUGCUGGCACCCUACCUGCCCAACAUGCGAUCCGAUGUGAUACUCGCCGGCUGCGAUGACGGCAGUGUGCGGUUGUUUGACAAGCGAUGUUCGCCGCAGGAAGCGAGGAUUUCCGUGUAUCGGCGGCAUAGUGCUCCCAUUUUGCAUGCCUGCCUAAGGGCCAACGAAACGGUGCUCGUUUCGGGCUGCACUGAAGGUCGGAUUAGCGUCGCGGACAUAAGGGCCAGUCAGUUCCCGAGCAGCGUCAGCGAUGUGGUGCACGAAUGGGAUGCCGGCGGGGAUGUGACAGCUAUCGCAAGUCACCAAAUUGCAGACACCGUGGCCUGCGGGAAUGCCUCGAAGAUUGGGAUCUACUCGCUGGACGGACGGGUACAGAAGGUGCUGCGGACGAACGAGGGCUUCAUCGGGCCCAAGAUCGGACAUCCCACCUGGCUGUCGUUUCACGCGUACAAGGUGCAGCUGGCGGUGGGCUUCGUGGACAAUAUGGUGGCCAUCUACAGCCCCACCCCAGUUCUAUAAGGGCUGUGGAAAGUGGAAAACUGACGUCGAUAAGAAUCCCGAAACCUUGGUCAACGCACGCAGGUUCCUUGCGGAGCCGCAGAUGCAAUCAGCAGUGGAGCAGGUGCGG